AUGGAUGCAGAAAUUAAUCUCGCCAAAAUCAUCCUCAUCGUUGUUCUUUUGGCUCCACUCAAGUCCACACAAUCGGUUUUGAAGUCCAUACAUCCAAUGCUAGACCCACAACGAUGCUCUUUGCUAUUCUCAUUCAUUCUCCAAAGGAAAGAAUUUUCGGAGCUUCCUGUAACAGAAAUAAGGCCAAUGUUUCUCAACGCACUAAAGGUUCCGGCGUCAAAAGUUGAUUUGGAAAAACAGUUAAAAAUAAUAUCUAAUGAGACCAUUUUUGUGGAAAUUGGUCCCAGCUACUUCUACGGGCCCUCUUUCUUUCCACCCAUGUGGAGAACGAAUAUUGUAGGGGUUAACAGAACCCGUUUGGUUGGCUUCGGCUUGAGUUCUGGUGUGCAGAAUGGCGUGAUCGGUGCAGCAUUUGAGCAUCUCACCUCCCAACUUGGAAUCGCUAAACUUGCCUACAUCUUUGACAACAUGGAGGGUGAGGUUUAUCCUUUCGCCGACAUUGGGACAUUCCUCAAGGAGGAAGUGGGGCAAUUCCACAUCUACCACCUGUGUGACUUUACCAGCGUUGAGGAUGCCCUUGGCCAAAUUCUUGUCGAUGGUGCCAAUGUUCUAGUUCUCAAUGUGGCCCACCAAGCCGCCUUGGAACUUCUGCACAAGGGUGUAACUUUAUCGGGGAAGGACUUCCAUGUGCAUGACACCAACUUCUUUGCAGUCGAAUUCUCCACAAACGGCAAGUUCACCGACUUCACCGAGCUGAGCGUCAUGCCGAAACCCAUAACACCAAAGGAUUUGAUAUUCCGGGACAUGGCUGUCGUGGGACUGCAGAAACUAGCAGAACUCCUCAGGAAGGACCUGAAGGGUUCGGUGCCCCUCAUUACGAGCACAGUGGACGGUGUGGAUGAGGAGGCACUACAGCAAACAUGGAAUUUUUACUCCUACAUGGAUGUAACAUUCGACACAGCAAGCCUGUACAAGGUGCAAAUCUCAACCAACGGCCCCAUCAGCGGAACUUUUCAGGCUCUAAAUCCCCCACCAGAAAGGAGACUUCUGCUACAACGAUUGCGUAGAAAGCCCCUCCGACUUGGCACUGUUGUGAACUGUUGCAGUGAGGAGUACCACUGGUGUGCCAUUGAAGCAGGGCUGCUCAAAACAGCACCAUUAAUGGCGCUGUUCUGCCACAUCAAUGGUGGCAAGUCUGUUUGUGCAACCUUGAAAAGUCGAAAUGGAUUGAUGUGCAUCAAGGUGCCACCAAUAAUAACGGAGGAAACCAGUGAGAAUGGAGUGAAAAUCUUACGGGGAGCCGAAAUUGCCUUGGCGAGAGAGCUCUUGAAGCGCCUGAAUGUUUCCUACAAUAUCGCUGUUUAUAACACAGAUCUUGGUGAAAGGAGGAGUGGACGGUGGACUGGUAUCUUUGGCCACCUGGAACAAUGGAACAUAGACCUCCUAGUGGGUCCCUUCACGAAGACGUGGGAUCGAAUGAUCAGUUUUCGUAGCACCACGCCAAUUCGCAGCAUUGGCUACAGUUUCAUGUACUUUCGCCCCUCCCUCUCGGUCCCGACGCAAAUUUUCCAAUUUGUUGUCACUUUUGAAGCCUCAACUUGGCUCCUCAUCUUCCUCACCACGAUUGGUGUUGGUGUCACCCUCGCUCUCGUUCAUAAAAUCAGCCCAAGUUCUCUCAGCUACAGUAUACACCCCGCCAUUAUCUUCGUUUUUGGUUAUCUUUUUCAGGUAAAAGUCACUCUACUUUCAAUGCUGGAGGUAUAUGGCGUGAGAACGCGGCCACCGAGGCAGACGUCGAGUCAGAUCCUCAUUGUGGUGUGGUGGUUCUUUUGCCUCAUCCUCAUCAUUGCAUUCUGCACCAACUACGCCUCCUACCGUUCCUUCACGGCGUUGGAGACUCUGCCCACCACCGUCGCCACCCUCCUUCAUCAGGAAUACUACAAGUAUGCCUACAUAAACGGAUCUAGCAUGGAGCUCCAGAUGCGUGUGCCAUUGGAUCCGUCAAUUUAUUCCCUUUACACGGUCAUUAACAAGAAGUUCAAAAAAAUGAUACCGCCCAACCGAAGCGCAGGCGUCGAUCAGACUAUUAAGGGGGGUUUCGCCUUGCUCGACGAAUCACCAUUCAUCGAAUACUACGCACGAAAGUAUUGUCUGGAGACGAGUUUGACGCUUUGGCAUGGAGCCUACGUCUUCUACAUGCCGAAACUGCUACCCUACUAUACGAUCAUUAACGAAGAACUCACAAUGAUGAUAGCAGACGGAACAGUGGAUCGAAUUUACAACCGAGCUCAGGAGGAACUGCUAGCUAGUUUGCCCAGGUAUUGCGGAGCUACAAUUAACGAUCAGGCAAUCGAAGCGAUGCGGAUUCCCCUCGUACAAUGGUCUGAAUAUUCGAUUGAAUUUGCUGCUGCUUUGGGCAUCUUUGUCAUCAGCCUAAUUGGCCUCUUCAUUGUUCUGAUCGUAAUGACUGUUGAAUUUCUGGUCGUCAAAGGUUCGUUCUGCGAUGAUGCGCUUAUUCUUGUAGAGUUACAAGUGAUCAAGAAUGAGGACGUUUUUGUGGAAAUUGGGCCCGAUUACUUCUAUGGACCUUCAUUCUUUCCGUUAGAGUGGAAGACAAACUCAAACAAUCGGAAUAGAUCUCGUAUUGUGGGUUUCGAUUUCACUUUUGAUGUUCAAAACCAAGUGCUCCAAGCAGUAUACGACCGUCUGACUUCCGACAUCGGAGUGGUUAAACUAGCCUAUUUAUUCGACUACACGGCUAUUGAAGCUUUCCAGUUCCUUAAAAAAAAAGUGGGACAGUUUCUCUUAUAUCAACUACGAGACUUUAACAACGUUGAGGAUGCGCUCAGUCAGAUUCUGAUCGACAAUGCUAACGUUCUUGUCCUCAAUGUAGACCAACAAGCUGCUCUGAAGCUUCUAGCCAAGGCACAAGAGAAGAAUAUCCUUCAACAGCCCUUCUAUUGGAUUGUUUUCAAUGCUGUACCGCCAGUGGUAACAGAGGAAACUACCGCCGACGGAACCAUGGUGGUAAACGGGCCUGAGAUUGCCUUGGCAAAGGCACUCUUGAAGCGCUUAAAUGUCUCUUACAAUAUUACUGUAUUCGAUUUGGACAUUGGCAAGGAGGUGGACGGACGGUGGACCGGAAUCUUCGGACUCCUGGAAGAGUGGGACAUCGAUCUCUUGGUCGGUCCUUUCUCGGAUACGUGGGACAGAUCGAAAAGCUUCCUUGGCACUACGCCCAUUCGCAGCAUCACCUAUAACUAUAUGUACCGCCGACCUUCGCUAAAAGCUUCCCUCCAGAUUUUCCAGUUCGUCGUUGCUUUCGACGGUUACACAUGGCUUCUCAUAAUCCUAACGGCUGCGAUCUUUGGUGCGGCCCUCACUUUAUUGCACAAAAUCAGUCCAAACACUCUCAGUUACAGUAUUCAUCCUUCUAUGCUCUUCGUUUUUGGCUAUCUUUUUCAGGGCGUGAGAACGCGGCCACCGAGGCAGACGUCGAGUCAGAUCCUCAUUGUGGUGUGGUGGUUCUUUUGCCUCAUCCUCAUCAUUGCAUUCUGCACCAACUACGCCUCCUACCGUUCCUUCACGGCGUUGGAGACUCUGCCCACCACCGUCGCCACCCUCCUUCAUCAGGAGUACUACAAAUACGGUUACAUAAACGGAUCGAACACGGAUACACAGAUGAGCGCAUCAUUGGACCCAUCAAUUUACGCACUUUACACGGAAAUCAAUACUAAAUACAAGGACAUGAUACCGCCCAACCGAAGCGCAGGCGUCGAUCAGACUAUUAAGGGGGGUUUCGCCUUGCUCGACGAAUCACCAUUCAUCGAAUACUACGCACGAAAGUAUUGUCUGGAGACGAGUUUGACGCUUUGGCAUGGAGCCUACGUCUUCUACAUGCCGAAACUGCUACCCUACUAUACGAUCAUUAACGAAGAACUCACAAUGAUGAUAGCAGACGGAACAGUGGAUCGAAUUUACAACCGGGGUUAUGAGGAGCAGCUAGCCACUUUACCAGUUUACUGUGGGGCCACAUUCAAAGAUAAGGCAAUUGAAGCGAUGCGAAAUCCCCUUGUCAAUUGGUCUGACUAUUCGGUUGAGUUCGCCUCCGCCUUUGGAAUCUUCAUUGUUAGCCUUAUUGGCCUCGUCAUCGUUCUGAUCGUCUUUGUUGUGGAAUUCUGUCUCGGUGUCUACAAGAGUAGAAUCAAGUACUCGUACAGCCAAAAGGUUAUGUUGUCUUAG